AAUCACCGUACUUUAUACAAACAACACUCUCCAAGACCUUCCCGCCUUGGCGCCACGCUUCCAGGCUUACAUCGUGCAUGCAUCGCCAGUAACUGCAUCGCUGCAACCAAGCCAAAUCUUCAAUAUGUUAUCCGCAGACGGGAAAUGGAAGCUCACGCCUCGACUUCACUCUGUCAAAUUUGUUUUCGAUGCUCCGACCCCGGCAGAUGCAAAGACACCGGACGAGAUCUUCUUUGACAAUCCAUUCCCUGUGGAUAUCCCAGGCGUGCCUGAGCGGUUUGUCUUCAAGACACCCACAAUCCACGAGUCCAACCAGGAGGUUAUCGGUCUUCAGACAACGGCCACGCGUGAUGAAGGUGACCUCGAUGCCAGUGUCUCAUAUGACGGACAGGCAUCUGAUGUGCCAACAAGUAUAGAGAGCUUGACACUAUCGACCGACAAUCGAACUAAGACUACGUCUGGCGAAUCACAGCUAGGGUCGAACACUCAUCUUCGUGGUCCUACUUGCGACGCACCAGAUGACGCGAAGUCGAUAGUGUGCUCAGCCUGGGCCUUGGUCCUUUCUACAUUCAUUGACAGCCAAGUAGUCAACUUCGAUGUGUGCGUCUCGAGCAGUGAUAGUUCUAAGCUCGCGAGCAGCGUGUCACCGGUCACAGUCUCUAUUGACACUCAUAUUUCGGUUGCGACAUUCCUACAGCAAGUCAAAGAUGAAUGGACUGUAACCAGAGCAGCCAGCCAAAGGCUCGAGGCUUUCCAUGAGACCGGGAGCGAACCAUUCUCUAAAACGCUUGUCAACUUUUCAACGACCGUUCAACAUCAGCAACAGCCAGUCAACGCCGCCAACUUCGCCUUUCAGCUUCAUUGUCUCGUCGAGGGCAACGAUCUACAGCUAUCUGCGACAUUCAAUGAGUUCUCUAUUACCAAGGCAAGAGUUCGCCUGCUACUGAGUGAUUUGGAGCACGUUAUUUGGCAGUUGGCCAACUCGACCGGAGAGCACUCCGCUCUUGCGGAUGUAUAUGUCAUGAGUCCAGCGAGUCAACGGCAUCUUGUCAAAUUGAACAGACCGCUCCCGACAAGAGAAGAACAUCUCGUUCAAGAUUUGAUAGCACAGCAUGCCAGAUCAAAUCCUCAUGCACAGGCUAUCUGCGCUUGGGACGGUGAUUUGUCGUAUUCUGAGUUGCAGCGUGCAUCAGAGGCUCUAGCGACGCAUCUUGCCAGUCUUGGAGUUGAGCCCGAGGUGAUGGUCCCGAUCAUCUUCGAAAAGUCUGUCUACAGUAUCAUCUCCAUUCUGGGUGUGGUGAUGGCUGGCGGAGCUGUCGUAGUCUUGGAUCCCUCGCUUCCUGCAGCCCGAAUCAGCAUGAUCAUCAAGGACCUGGAUGCCAAGGUCGUUGUAUCGUCCAUCGACAGCAAAAGCAAGAUCCCACCACAAAUCCAACAGGAGAACCGCGUAUUGGUCGACCGGGCUUUUUUGGACAGUUUGUCUACCGCACGACAAUUUCCGCUGAAACACAUCUCGUCUUCUCCUAUCGAUACACUGUACGUUGUGUACACAAGUGGUUCUACCGGAAAGCCAAAAGGUGUUGUGAUCACUCAUGAAGCAUUUUGUUCCAGCGCCAAGGGUUUCACCAAAGCCAUCCGCCUCGACUCUCCCACCUGCCGGGUCUUGCAGUACUCCUCUUUCUCCUUCGACAUUUCCAUGCUCGAAGUAUUUGCUACCCUGAUGACGGGAUCAUGCCUCUGCAUCCCAUCUGAGGAGGAUAGGAUGAACAACCUUGCCAGCUGCAUCUCCAGCAUGAAGGUCAACUGGGCGAUGCUGACACCUUCAGUUGCAAGCCUAAUGGCUCCGGAGGAAGUUCCAAGCCUCAAAGUUCUGUGUCUCGUGGGUGAAGCAUUACCGCAGGCUGUCGCUGACACAUGGGCCGACCAUGUCAAGACCCUCAAUGCUUACGGUCCGGCAGAGUGCUCCGCUAUCACUAUAGUCAGCGAGCCAAGGACUAAGGGGUUGAAGAGCAUUUCGCUUGGAAGACCUCCUAACUGUGCCGUCUGGAUUGUCCGAGAAGACGGCCAGCUUGCUCCGUUCGGUACUGUUGGUGAAAUCGUGAUCGAGGGCCCGCCUGUUGCGCGUGGAUACCUAGGCGAUGAGGAGAAGACAAGAGCUGUCUUUUUGGAUGAUCCAGAUUUCCUGCGUGGUGUCGUACGACAGCCAAUGCGAUGCUAUCGCACUGGUGACCUCGGAAGGAUGAACCUUGAUGGGACUAUCGACUUCUUGGGCAGGAAAGACACUCAGGUCAAGAUCAAUGGUCAGCGAGUUGAGCUUGGCGAGAUUGAACAUCAACUCAGGCAACUAUUGAAUUCCGAAAAGACAGCGUCGCCUUCUGGGACGAACUGGGAGUUAAUAGUAGAGCUCCUACGCCCUCUUGGGGGAGAACAUGGCAUCCUCGCGGCAUUCAUCGCCCCGAAGACAAUUUUCGGGACCCCCUUACUCGCAGAAGAGCAGCUUAUUGUUGAGGAGUCUCGCUCUCUGUGGGCGACGAUACAUCGGAAGUUUUCGACAGCUACUGAGGAACUCGCCAAUGCUCUCCCUGGAUACAUGAUACCAAAGGCAGUUGUGCCAUGCAGCACAUUGCCCCUGUCACCGUCAGGCAAGGUCGACAGGAAGACGCUCCGCGCAUACGGAAACGCAUCGACGUCAAAACAUCUGCUAAAAACGCCAAACAACAAGGAAGAUUGUAUGCCGGUUGAGGUUCCUAGGGCAAUUUCUCAAGACUUCCCCGAUAGCGAAGAGGAUUCUUCGGUCGGACAGCACACGCUGAUAUCCGACACAUACCCCUCAACCGAAGCUUCAAUGUCGCUAUGCGACCCUUCACAGUCUAGUUUCACACGAACUGAGAAGGCCCUACGGCUGGCUUGGUCAGAAGUUUUAGGUCUACCUGAAGACUCGAUCCUCCUUGAAGAUGAUUUCUUUAAGCUCGGCGGAGAUUCCAUCGGGGCUAUCAGGAUCGUGGCAGCUUGUCGUAAGCAAUCACUCCAGAUCAAUGUUGCGAACAUCUUCCAGAACUCUGUGCUGAGCAAGAUGGCUCUCGUUUGUAAGAGUACGAUAUCUGAGAAGCAAGCGGUGUCUCCUAUCCAGUUCAUUCCGUUCCACUUCCUGCGGCGAGAGGACAUCACAGAGCUGCAAAGUGAAGCCGCUUUCCAGUGCGACGUCGCUGUAGAUGAAAUUGAAGACUUGUACCCUUGCACACACAUGCAAGAGGGUCUGAUGGCCGUCAAUCUCACGCGACCAGGUAGUUACACUGGUCGAUGGAUCCAUCCGCUACCUCGGGACGUCGAUCUUGCGAGGUUCAAGAAUUGCUGGGAGGAUAUCCAUGCCGCAUCACCGAUACUGCGGACCAGGUUCGCAACGACGUCGACGGCUGGGUCUCUUCAAGCCGUCAUCCGGGAGAAAGUACGGUGGCUCUUGCACGACGACCUCGAAGCAUACCUCGAGCAAGACGAUGCGAACCCAAUGUUUCCCGGAGACUCGCUCAAUCGCUUUGCUGUGAUCACGUCGAAGUCUGGCGAUGUGACGUUCGUGUGGACCAUACAUCACAUGCUUUAUGACGGCUGGUCCCUGGCAAUGCUCUGUGACCGUCUCAAUGAUUUGUAUCACAGCCGCGCUGUCAAGCCAGUAACUGACUACCGUAACUUCAUCGAAUACACUCAGAAUAUCACGGCAAAAACACAUGCGAGUUACUGGAAGACAGAGCUACAGGGAGUGAGCCCGUCAAACUUCCCAGCGGCUCCCAAGCUUGGCCACCAGUCCUUCGCCCGAGCUGUGGUGCGCGAUGAUCUUCGAAUCAACAUCGAUCAGUCUUCAGGUAUCACCAUGUCAACAAUCGUUCGAGCGGCAUGGAGUCUCAUGAUCAGCCAUUUCUCCAAGUCAAACGACGUGCUCUUCGGCGCAACAGUCUCGGGUAGAAACGCACCAUUGGACAAUAUCGAAAGCGUCGAGGGUCCGACAAUAGCCACAGUACCUGUAAGAGUUCACCUCGACAAAGGGCGGGACAUCCUCGACUUUCUGCGAAAGAUCCAGGACCACGCCACCGCCAUGAUACCCUAUGAGCAGUCCGGAAUCCAACAGAUCAAAUCACUCAACGAAGACACUAAGCGCGCCUGCGAAUUCCAGAACCUGCUCGUCAUCCAGGCAGGCGGCGGCUGGGACGAGACUAGGCCUGGUCCCCUCGGGAAGCCGAUCUAUCGCGAAGAGUUUACCACAUUUCCCGUGACAUGCGAGGCAUGGCUUCAUUCUGGACGGAUUGAGUUUGCGACGCAUGUCGAUGAAGAUGUGACAAGUCGACUUUUCGUCGCUCAAGCCAUUGAAACAGUCAAAAUUGUCAUGAGUCAACUCGCCUGGGCUACAUCUGAUAGCUACAGACCUUCUACGAUUGCUGACUUGGCCUUUGAACCAACCUCUACACCUAUCCAACGACAAGCUUCUCAACCCCUCGAAGCAAGUAAGGUCUCGGCCACGCUCCAUCAACUCAUCACAAAGAUGAGUCUAACACAACCCCAGAGAGAAGCAGUAGUCUCAACAGCCGAGUCACUCUCUUACGGAGAGCUGGAAGAUAUGUCCACGACACUUGCCGUCCAACUUAUCGACAAGGGAGUCUUGAAGGGAGACAAGAUUCCACUGUGCUUCGAGAAAUGUGUUUGGACUGUCGUUGCGAUGCUUGGGGUCUUGAAAGCUGGCGCUUCUUUCGUGCCCUUAGACCCGAGUCAGCCCCUAUCACGUCUACGAAAGAUUGUUACACAGGUCAAAGCCAGAACAGUUCUCAUGUCUGCAUUCCAACAUAAGGCAACUGAUCUCGAUGAUGUUGCGUCCGUGGUUGUCAAUCGGGAUGCUCUUAACGGGAUCUCCAGGCUCCAGCAUCAACGGCAACCACCAGCUCAAGUGACCCCCGACAGUCCUGCAUACAUCAUCUUCACUUCUGGUUCGACGGGAGAUCCCAAGGGCAUCAUCAUCUCCCAUGCCGCGUUUGCUUCCAGCGCGAUGGCCCAUGGUUCCGUCUUCGGUAUGAGCGAUGAGCAUCGCGUCUUGCAGUUCUCUGCAUACAGUUUUGAUGCCAGCCUUUUUGAGAUUCUCACCACCCUCAUCCACGGCGGAACCGUCUGUGUCGCCACUGAGAAAGAGCGAUUCGAGAAUCUUGGAGACUUUGCAAGCCACAUGCGUGUCAACCUCGCGCUUCUCACACCAUCGGUGGCUCGCAUCGUUCAUCCCACAGAGAUGCCGUCUUUAAGAACUCUAGUGCUGGGCGGAGAAGCUCCCGAUGAGGCGUUGAUCAAGAAAUGGCUUGACGCUGGACUGACUCUGUUCAACGCGUACGGCCCAAGUGAAUGCUCCGUUAUCGCUGCUUGCCAUGCAUGCACAUACGAUACAGACCCGAAAUCCAUCGGAAGCCCGGUCGGUUGCUCUGCGUGGGUUGUCGCCACAGAUGAUGACACGAUGUUGGUUCAAAGUGAACAGGUUGGCGAGUUGCUCAUAGGUGGUCCGACUCUAGCCGAUGGCUACUUGAAUGACUCUGAGAAAACAACUGCUACGUUUCUCUCGCGACUUCCAUGGAUAUCUAGAGAGGAUCAAAUGAGCACAAAUAGGUUGUACAAGACUGGGGAUCUUGUGAGGAGAGCAACCGACGGAACUCUCGUUUACGUGGGACGAAAGGACCUCCAAGUCAAGUUGAACGGCCAGCGAAUUGAACUCGGAGAUAUUGAGUCGCAUAUCGCUGGUUGCUGUUCCGUCAAGCGCGGUAUUGUUGUCUUUCCCUCGUCAGGGCCAUUCUCGAAUCAAAUUGUGGCAGUUCUGGAGCUCGAAGAAGAAGAGGGCGAGAGACCGUCUGGUCUCCACCAUAUCAUGACUCGAUUUAAUAUCGUUGCAGAGGAAGUUCGUCAAGAGUUGACCGGCAAACUUCCAAGCAUCAUGCUCCCGGCACACUUCAUCGACGUUGCGACCCUCUCUGAGGAAAGAUUUCCACUUUCGACCUCAAGCAAGGUUGACAGGAAUAAAGUCACAACAUGGAUCCGAAAUCUGUCCAUCCGAGAAUCUCAGAUCCUCGACACUUCUGCACCGAUACCGAGUACAGUAGCAACCAUUCAGCCUCAUGAGCUCCCCGCCUACGAGCUGGCACAAAAGAUCACAGAUUUGGUGUCUCAGAAAACCCUUUCGCCAAGGCCCCGACUGGACGGUUUCAACGAUGUGCUGUUACAGACUUCAGGUCUAGAUUCUCUCAACAUGAUGUCGCUCAUGCAUUUCGUUCGUCUCAAGUACAAUGUCAGAGUCAGCAUGCAGCUGCUCAUGGAUGAGAAAACAAGCAUCAGGAAGCUGGCAGCUUUCAUUACCCAUGCAGUUCCCAACGGCCCAGUAACGCCGAAAUCUUCGAACAUCAACUCUGAGACUCGAGGGAUCGAUUUGAUGAGUGAAAUUGAUCGUCAUGAUGCGGGGCUCCUGGAACUUCCAGGUAUGCUGUCUAGAGAUGCCCAAGGUAGUUUGACUAAGAAGACAGACAAUCUCAGGGUUUUCCUUACUGGUGCAAGCGGAUACCUGGGUACUCAAAUACUGCGACAACUUCUGGAGCGGCGCGAUGUUGCCCACGUCACCACUCUCGUACGCGGAGCUACACCUCAAGCAUCGAAAGACCGUGUGAUUGAAGCUGCACAAAGGGCUCUUUGGUGGACCGAGUUCCACGAGGACAAGCUGGACGUCUGGACGGGGGACCUCGCGAAGACUAUGCUCGGCCUCGGCCAGAAACAAUGGGACUUGCUAAGCGAUGGACACACAUUUGAUAUCAUAAUUCACAAUGGUGCGAUUGUCCAUUGGAACAAGAGCUAUGCUGCCUUGGAGGCGGUCAACAUCCAUUCAACAGUUCAGCUCCUUGGCAUUGCCCUUCAGAAUCCGGCCAUGCGAUUUGCAUAUGUGUCUGGCGGACGGCAGUGGAAGAGUGCCGAAGAACGAGACGAGGACAUCGCGCGAGAGCUUUCGGACUCUAUGGGCUAUAGCCAGACAAAGUUCGUUGCCGAGGUUGUCGUCAAGAGAGCUGCGGAACGGUGUCCGGUCUCGCGGCGGAAUAUUGGCGUCUUUAGGCCUGGGCUUAUCAUCGGGACGCCCGCAGAAGGUGUAGCAAAUUUAGACGACUACAUCUGGAGGCUUACGGCUGCAAACAUUGAGAUGGGCAUCUACAGUGCGGACGAGGAGCAGGCAUGGCUGCAUCUCUCCGAUGCUGCUACAACUUCGGAAGCUGCCAUUUGCACCGCCUUCAAUCCAGAAUCAUCUACUAGUCCGGUGACACAGCAUGAAGAAGGAAUGACUUGGGGGACGUUCUGGACUUUGAUCAAGGGCAUGGGCUACGACAUCCGUCCGACACGUGCUGCUGAAUGGCUGUCAACAGUCAGAAACGAUAUCUCGCGUCGGAAAGAGGAGCAUCCCCUUUGGCCGCUGGCUCACUUAUUCGAAAACGGUAGCAUGGAAUGGGAAGAGGUGGCCAAGAGCCACAAUAUGUGUCCGUUGCAGCUCAAGGUGGCUUUGAAGAAGAACGUGGACGCUCUUGUGAGGGUGGGUUUCCUGCCGGCCACGCGUCGAGCCCAGGAAGUUCAAGUUGUCGGGGGCACAUUUCAUAGGAAGUGAGUGAGCCGGAUGCCUUGUGUGCAAUUAUGGAGUUACGGGAUUGAAUUUUUCAAAGAUAGAGUUGCCUAGAGCAACACGCAAGCUGUCAGCGCGAGGCGUUGUGGUUGCAGCAUGAGUCGGCGGCUUGUUGUUCCAUGUGUAUCAAGUCUUACUUGACUUAUAUCUUGGCGCGUAAUGUCGCUACUGAGAUGAGACCCCUGUGCCGGUUGUGGUGACGUAGGUGGUGCACUAUCGCGAGGUGAGAUGGUUGGCUUGUCAUUCACGCCCUUGUACAACCAAUGGCAGCCUAAAAGUAUUGAGAAAAUUAAAAAAGUCGUUCAUCUAAUCUAUUUACCUCAGUCUCCAGAAACCUUCAACUUGGUUCAUCUCAAAAUCAUAAACUUCCCGAGG